AAAAGACGAACGAACGCAUGAAUGAAAUGAAAUACGGGAGAGAGAACAGAGAGGAGAGGAGAGUUUGUGCCGUGCUUGUGUUGAAAUUGAAGGUGCCUAGCGUCGUCUGUACAUUGUUUGUUUGUAUUUAUGGAAGGAUAUGUCACGUUCUCUCCGCUGCUUAGCAUCAUAAUACCAUUUCAAGUUUGAUGGAUCGAGUGCUUCAAGCAGUGCGGAUGGAAGCACUGGUCAAUGACCUGUCCCAUGCACUCGAAGAAACAACAUGUUCGUCUGGCAAUCGUAGAAGAUGGGGCUUGUGUCGCCGAUCACGGUCAACAGGAAAUCUAAAUUUAACAUUUCACAUGACCCAGAGUGACGAUUCAGACAGUAUCAGUGAAGCACUCCUUAACAGAGAACGUGGACACUCAAGUCUUCAUCAGAGUGAUUCAGAUGACAUGAGCCCAGCAAGACAGGUUGCUACUUUUAAUCUUCAAUCUCGACAUGUUAUGCCCCAUCUUCAUCUUGAAUCUGAUUCAGUGAAUGAAAACUUUUCGCCUAUUCGUCCAAGUACUCGGAGGAGACGAAAGCUGAAAAGGAUGGCAAUAGACAUAACUGAGCAGGCCGGCGCUUCAACCUCUGCUGCAAUCCUGCCCGGUUCCCACGCUGUGCCAGUCAUCCCUCAUUUUUCUCGUUCCUUACCAUCCAGGCCGUCAGGGCCUUUGCCAUCCACUGGAGCCUUGUUCAAAAAAAGAAGAGUCCUUCGUCAUUCAUCAAAUAGUGAUGAAAAUAGAUUAAAUACUGUACUUUGUGGCAAAAGAAAGCGAAGUUUACGAGACCGAAGUGGAGGUGACUGUGACAUGCCAAUGCUUGAGAAUGCUGGUUCAAAGAGCCACAAAUCGAAGUCCAGAGGGAGGACAAGAGGUGGAGCACUAGUUAGCGAAAAUGAUGAUUGUAUGGAGUUAAGUGGUGGAGAAUUUACCAGCAGCAGCCCUAGUCCCAGUAGCAAUGAGUCAGACCCAGGUUUUUUUACCACUGAUGAGGGUCGUGAAGGAGACGAUGAGCACAGUGACUGGUAUGGUGGAGAUGGUAGAGGCUGGUGGGAAGAAGAAGAAGAGGGGAGAUCAUCUCCACUAAGUAAUAGUCAAGAUGGUGUUCAACAAGGUGCAUUCCAAGCAUUUUUCCAUAUGUCAGCUGAUGCACGGAGGUCACUGCGUGAGGGAAUGAAAGGACGUCAGAUUCGAGCUGGACGACGGCGACUUCAGAACAAUCGUGCUGCAUUCACAGUGUUGACUUCUGCCAAUGAAAAGCUCUCCAGAUUUCUUCAGGACUCUAAUCAGAGUGAACUUCGGCUUCACCCGAUGAAAACUGAUGAAAAGGAUCAACUUGUUCAGUUAGCCAAUUUGUAUUCCCUCCAAAUGCGACUUGAACCCACUCAAAGUAGUGGGCUUACUUGCCCAGUGCUUACGAAAACCAGGGAUACAGUGAGAGUUGAACAAAUUUCUGGGAUGUCGAGACGGCUGCAUCCAGACUCAGGUCUCAAAAGAAGAAAAUUGCCGCCCGGUGCCACCAGCAAUAUUCCGCAAAGUGGCCCUGAUAUUGUGGAUACUACAUCUACAAGUUCAACACGAAGCCUGGAUCAACCAAUAUUUGCUAAUGUUAAUUUUUCUCAUUCUACUGGCUGCCAGUCAAAUUAGCCUCCUCAGAAGGUUUUUCCUGUCAUUGUUUGCCAAGUGUUUUAAUCAUUUUUUUUUUUUUUUGAAAUUUUGAUUAUUUAUAAUUUAAUAGUUGUUCUUACUUUAGCUGCACAGUUCUGCACAAAAAGAUAGCAUUCAAAACAUAUCUAACCCCUAUAUCUUGUCAAUAUAAGUGACUCACACUGUACCCAAUUUCUUCCAUUGUUCAUAGACUGACCAAAAUGGAAUGAUAUAUGUAGUCUUUUAUAGUGGAGUUCCUCAAUCUGGCAAUAGACUUGAUUGUUUAAUGUGGGUUUGUAGCUCGCUAGUGCAAAGUUUUCUCUCAAUUGGUGGUUGCGGUUGGUGUGUGGGGAAUAUCUGUGAAAAAAAAUGUUCACUUUCUACUCCUGCCUAGCUUUUGUAAAGAAUCAGCUGUAUCUGCAUUUUUUAAAAAUUCUUCCAUUACAAACAAAAACAAAGAAGGUUGUGAUUCUUAACUGAACUUGAUUAAAUGUAUGGUGUCAUGUGCAAUGAACUUCUUUGUUGUUCCUGUAACGACGUUGAUACUUUCUUGCAUCCAGACUUGGUCAAUUAUUGUUCCGUUGGCAUUUAUUUGGCAUCUGUUUCGUUUGAGAAAUAAAACCUAAAACCACUUUUAAGGGGAAGAGAUGUUUCAAAUACAAUGGCUAACAUUUAAGAAUUUGUGGACUGUUUUACUCAUUGUGAGCACACCAGUCUAUUCAAAAAUAUUAAUUGCUUGUAUGAUGUUUUACUCUGAUUUUUAGUGUUUGCCAAGCCUGUAAUCUUUUUAAGGACCACACACAAUUGGAAAUUGUGAAAGUUUGUUGUCUUGUUUUAGAUUCUGAUUGUAGACAGUAUUUAUUUAUCACCUUUCUUUGGUUUGUGUUGUGUUCUCAUUCUCACAUCUGUUUAUAGUCAUUUGUCAUCUUGAAAAGGUACUUUUGUCAUAGUUAUCAUACAUUUCUGAAGUUUGCUAGGUUUAUGGGGAAGACACUUUUUGUACACCAGAUGUCGCUCUUGGCAACUGGGGCAACUUUAAAUAGAUUUUAGUGUAUGUUUAACUAUUUGGGUUUGUGUAUAUUAUUUAUUGACUUUUUACUGUGUUGAAUCAAAAAUUAUAUGUAUUCAAGGCAUCAAGCAUUAUUCAAAAUAAAUUGUUGCUCUGUGCCAAAGUGCCAAUCAAAAUUUUCUACAAUGUUUUCAGCCACCAGUUGAUAUGUUAAUGUCAUUUUUUACUUAUCAUUUUACCUAAAAAGAAACUGCCUUCAUUGCCAAAAUACAAAGUGAAACCUUAGUUAAUGUUUUUGGAGGCCAGUGUUCAUGUAUGCAAAGCAAACUAUCAAAUAAAUAAUUAUAAAGCCAUUGCAAACAAACCAUGAA